CGCGCCAUUGAUACAAGAAAGAAAUCUUGCAACGUGAGGUCCUCGUCAUUAGCAUCGAGUAGAAGGAGCUGUCGUCAAAUAAAAAUAAAAUUUUUAAUAGCUGAAGACUGUAAUCCUGCAGGAUGGCGUACAGAGGACAAGGACAGAAGGUCCAGAAGGUUAUGGUGCAGCCAAUUAACCUCAUUUUCAGAUAUCUUCAGAACCGCUCCAGAAUCCAAGUGUGGCUGUAUGAGCAAGUGAACAUGCGGAUAGAGGGCUGCAUCAUUGGAUUUGAUGAAUACAUGAACCUGGUUUUGGAUGAUGCUGAGGAGGUCCACAUGAAGACCAAGAACAGGAAACCCCUGGGCCGGAUCAUGCUGAAAGGCGACAAUAUCACCUUGCUACAAAGUGUUGCUAACUAAGUCUACGAAGAGAAUUUUUUUUUGUUUUGGUUUUGUUUCAUUUUUCCCCUCUGAAAGAAUAGUGUGAUAGCAAAUAAAGGAUUCAACAUCCUGUUUUUCCCUUCCAAUUUAGAUUUAAGUCAGAUACUAUGUGAAUGGUAUGACUGUCUUGUGAAUAAGGAAUGUUAUUUCCUCUUUGUAACUUUUUUUCAACUCAUAAUAAAAGUGAUGUGUU